CGCUCAUGCGAGGCAGUAGCUGUAGCUGGGUUUUAUGGACAGAACUGGGGCCAAAAGGAGGGGGUUGUUUAUAUUUUAACGGUUAAAAAUCUUCGCUGACGUUGUAUAGGUUGUUUUUGGACACAGUUAAGAAUAUAGGUUUUAAAAUGGGUCCGGUAGUCCAGUGUGAGACAGAAACAGGGGCUGGAGCAGCUUCUCUAGAGGCUGAGCUCAGAGAGACACUGCAGAAGAGGAUCAUGGUCCUGGAUGGUGGAAUGGGAACCAUGAUUCAGCAGAGGAACCUAGAGGAAGAUGACUUCCGGGGUCAGGAGUUCAAAGAUCACUCACGAAGCCUGCAAGGCAACAAUGACCUGCUGAGCAUCACCAAGCCUGAGGUGAUCUACACCAUCCACAAGGAGUAUCUGCUUGCUGGAGCAGAUAUCAUCGAGACGAACACAUUCAGCAGUACACGGGUUGCUCAGGCGGACUACGGGCUCGAGGAGCUGGCUUAUCGGCUUAACAAGGUGUCGGCAGAAUUAGCCCGGAAGGCUGCUGAUGAAGUUUCUGCUCAGACAGGUCUUAAACGGUACGUGGCUGGAGCUUUAGGGCCGACCAACAGAACUCUCUCCGUGUCACCGUCAGUGGAAAGACCAGACUUCAGAAACAUCACCUUUGACGAACUGGUUGAGGCGUACCUGGAGCAGGUUAAAGGGCUGCUGGAUGGAGGCUGUGAUAUCCUGCUGGUGGAAACCAUCUUUGAUACGGCUAAUGCAAAGGCUGCUCUGUUUGCUAUUGAUAAACUGUUUGAGGAGUCGUAUAAACCAAGACCCAUAUUUAUCUCCGGGACGAUUGUGGACAAGAGUGGCCGUACUCUAUCGGGGCAAACAGGAGAGGCUUUUGUCAUCAGCGUGUCCCAUAUGAAGCCACUCUGUAUUGGUUUGAACUGUGCUCUGGGAGCCACUGAAAUGAGGCCAUUUAUCGAAGCGAUCGGAAAGUGCACCGGGGCUUUCAUCAUAUGUUACCCCAACGCAGGUCUUCCCAACACAUUUGGAGGCUAUGAUGAAACCCCAGAGUGCACUGCUACACAUUUAAAGGAGUUCGCGACAGACGGUUUGGUGAACAUUGUCGGUGGCUGCUGUGGAACGACGCCAGACCACAUACGGGCGAUUGCUGAGAGAGUGAAACAAUGCCAGCCCAGAGUUCCUCCAACAGACGUGUUCAGCAGUUACAUGCUGCUGUCUGGUCUGGAGCCAUUUCGGAUCGGGCCGUACACCAACUUUGUCAACAUCGGUGAGCGCUGCAACGUGGCUGGAUCACGCAAGUUCGCCAAACUCAUCAUGGCUGGGAAUUAUGAGGAGGCGUUGAGUAUAGCUAAAGCACAAGUGGAAAUGGGCGCUCAGGUGUUGGAUAUCAACAUGGAUGAGGGGAUGCUGGACGGACCCGCUGCCAUGGCGCGUUUCUGCAAACUCAUCGCCUCCGAGCCCGACAUCGCCAAGGUGCCGCUGUGUAUCGACUCGUCUAAUUUUGCAGUGAUCGAGGCAGGACUGAAGUGCUGCCAGGGCAAGUGCAUCGUCAACAGCAUCAGCCUGAAGGAGGGAGAAGAGGUCUUCCUGCAACACGCCAAACAAGUGCGUCGCUACGGUGCCGCCGUCGUCGUUAUGGCCUUCGAUGAACAAGGGCAGGCUACUGAAAUUGAUCAGAAGGUCGAAUUCUGCACAAGAGCCUAUCAUCUCCUAACUGAAAAGGUGGACUUUAACCCCAACGACAUCAUCUUCGACCCCAACAUCCUGACCAUCGGCACCGGGAUGGAAGAGCACAACAUGUACGCUAUCAACUUCAUCAAAGCCACACGGAUUAUAAAGGAAACAUUGCCUGGAGCGCGGAUCAGUGGUGGUCUGUCUAACUUGUCCUUCUCUUUUCGAGGCAUGGAUGCCAUCAGGGAGGCCAUGCACGGAGUGUUCCUCUACCAUGCUAUAAAGGACGGGAUGGACAUGGGAAUUGUGAAUGCAGGUUCUCUGCCUGUGUAUGACGACAUCGAUAAAGAUCUACUCAAGCUGUGCGAGGAUCUCAUCUGGAACCGAGACCCAGAGGCCACAGAAAAGCUCCUUCUGUAUGCACAGAACAAUGCUAAAGGAGGGAAGAAGGUCAUUCAGACAGACGAGUGGAGAAACGGAAGUGUGGAGGAGCGACUGGAGUACGCACUUGUGAAGGGUAUAGAGAAGUUUAUAGUGGAGGACACCGAGGAGGCUCGUCUUCAGACAGAUCGUUAUUCCCGACCACUCCACAUCAUCGAGGGGCCGCUCAUGAAUGGCAUGAAGACCGUGGGAGAUCUGUUUGGAGCUGGCAAGAUGUUCCUGCCACAGGUGAUUAAAUCGGCGCGUGUGAUGAAGAAAGCCGUAGCCCAUCUGAUUCCCUUUAUGGAGAAAGAGAGGGAGGAGAUGAUUGCUCUGUCUGGAGUGCCUGAUGACUCUGAUCCUUAUCAGGGCACGAUAGUUCUGGCCACAGUAAAGGGAGACGUCCAUGACAUCGGCAAGAACAUCGUGGGUGUUGUGCUGGGAUGCAACAACUUUCGGGUGAUUGAUUUAGGAGUGAUGACUCCAUGUGAUCAGAUCCUGAAGGCAGCCAUUGACAAGAAAGCAGAUAUUAUCGGGUUGUCGGGCCUCAUUACGCCGUCCCUCGAUGAGAUGAUUUACGUUGCAAAGGAGAUGGAACGUCUGGGCAUGAAAACCCCUCUGCUGAUCGGAGGAGCCACAACUUCAAAGACUCACACAGCAGUAAAGAUUGCCCCUCGAUACACCGCUCCUGUUAUUCACGUUCUCGAUGCGUCUCGGAGUGUUGUCGUGUGUUCUCGGCUGCUGGAUGAAGGGGUGUAUGAGGAUUUCUUCGAGGAGUUAACGGAGGAGUAUAAAGAUAUCAGGCAGGAUCACUACGACUCUCUUAAGGAUAGGCGAUACUUGUCUCUUGCACAGGCACGGGAUAAAGGCCUACACAUCGACUGGCUCUCACAGCCAGAACCAGAUCAGCCAAGGUUCCUGGGCACGCGUGUGUUUGACGCAUAUGACCUGAGGAGGCUGGUGGACUACAUCGACUGGAAGCCCUUCUUCGACGUGUGGCAGCUGAGGGGGAAAUAUCCCAACCGAGGGUACCCCAAAAUCUUUAAAGAUAAAACCGUGGGAGAACAUGCCAGGCGUGUGUUUGACGAAGCUCAGAGGCUUCUGAACAGGCUGAUUGACAGUAAGGGUCUGCAAGGAAGAGGCAUCGUGGGCUUCUGGCGUGCACAAAGCCACGGCGACGACAUUCUCGUAUACACCGAUGAUGCCACUCCAACCUUAUCGAACCACACUGCUACCUUCUACGGGCUUAGACAGCAGGCAGAGAAAGACUCCGCAUGUUCGGACCCGUACUUCUGUUUGGCGGAUUUUGUUGCUCCGUUGGAAAGCGGAGUGAAGGACUAUGUCGGGCUGUUUGCAGUCGCUGUGUUUGGUGCCGAAAAGCUCAGCCAAGAAUUUGUUCAGCAGGGCGAUGAUUACAACAGCAUCAUGGUGAAAGCUCUUGCCGACAGACUCGCUGAGGCGUUUGCUGAGGAGCUCCAUGCCCGUGUGAGGAAGGAGUUCUGGGCUUACAGUAAGGAGGAAGAUCUGGAGGCCAGCGACCUGCACAAGGUGCGUUACUGUGGUAUUCGGCCUGCUCCAGGCUACCCCAGCCAGCCUGACCAUACCGAGAAACGCACCAUGUGGACACUCGCCCAAAUUCAGGAAAAAACCGGUAUCAGUCUGACUGAAUCACUUGCCAUGUCUCCGGCUGCAGCUGUGUCUGGUCUUUACUUCGCCAACCCCAAAUCCACCUACUUUGCUGUGGGCAAGAUCACCAAGGAGCAGGCGGAAGAUUAUGCCAGGAGGAAGGAGAUUCCUGUGACUGAGGCAGAGAAAUGGCUGGCACCCAACCUGGCCUACGACACCGACUUAGCCACAUAACCGCCUCACCACAAAGUCAACAUCUGACCGAAAUGGUUUUACACCUGUGCGUUCGGUUGUAGACCCUGAAACUAGAUAAACCAAAUUGUUGUUACAGUAGUGGCAAAGUAUUGUUUUAUUUAUUUUUUACCAAGGACAUUUUGACUGUCAGGGCUUUUUUUUUUUUUUUUUUUUAAAUGCUGUAAAUUUUAUUUUUGGCAUUUUUAAAUUCAGCUGCUGGUAAAAUUGCACCUUACGUAAAUAUUUAAUACAUAUUUUAAAUAAUUAUAAUAAUUGAGCUUAUCUCAACGCAAAAGUACGAGAUGACAUUGUGGCAAAAAAAAAAAGUUUUCCAAAGUUUUCCCAUUUGAAGGGAUUUUCCCAUAUAAAUCAAUAUAACUCAUCUAUACAGUCUCCAUAGAAUGCUCAAAGUGAUUGUUGUGGUUUUUCAUUCAAUGGUUUUAUGUUGUAUAGUUGACCAUGCCUUUUUAAAAAUAAAAAAAAAAAGCAUUUCAAAUAGUCAUAUUUUUAUAGUGAGCAAACUGUUUUAGAAUAAAAUCCAAGAAAGAUUUUCUUCUGGUUUUAAAUUAAGUCAUAGAUAGUGACCUAAUUGUUUAACGUCUGUCGGUUUCUUCCCAGUUGCGCUUCCUAAGAGUUUGGCGGAUAACAUGCCAUGCUCAUUUCCAUUCACUAAUCCAACACAGUUUAGAGAUUUCCCUGCUCGAACGCACCCGAUUCAACUCGUUAGCAAUUAAUUAGCUCCAGGAGCUCAGUUGGGAUUUAGCCGAUUUAAUUUACAGACCCACUGCACGU